AUGACACUCCCGUCGCCAAGCGCCCCCGCCGGCAGGGCGCCCCCGCCUCCCGGCGACAUCGGACCCCUGUCCUCCUCCUCCUCCUCCUUGUCGGCUGACUCGCCCUCGGCCGCGUCGCCCGGCAGCCCGCACGGCUCGCACCAUCGACUGACGCUCGCCGAGCGGCGCCGCCUGGCCGGCACGCAGCCCGCCGCCCCGGUGGCCUCCCUCCGCGAUGCCUCGACUCCCUUGGCACCUGGGCCCGGGCCCGCGACCGGCGCCAGUGGGCCUGCCUCGCCCGUGGCCUCGCCGGCCGCCCCGGCCCUGGGCUCGCCCGCGGCCAACCUCCAACUCGACAUGACCUUCCUCUCGAAUGGCGGCAGCACGGCACCCUCGGCCAAUGGGGCCUCCUGCGGGGCGCCGGCAUCCACACACUCCUCCGGCCCGGCGGCCGAACAGUCGCACGGGAGCGACGGCCUUCCCCAUCCGCCCGCAGGGUCGCGCCGCUCCUCGGCCGAUCCCCCCUCGACCCUGUCCAAGCAGGCGCACUAUUCAUCCACCAACUCCAUCGGCGAUCCCGGUGAGACGGGCUUCGUGUCAAACAUUCGGGUCCGGCAGGUCGCCUCGCCCCUGGCCUCGCCGCUCUCCUCGCCGUACCCCUCGGCCUCGCCUUCCCUGGCCCGCAGUACCUCCUGGCACCGGGGGGACUUUUCCUCCUCGGCCGGCUCCUUCACCCUCAGCGGCGCCGGCAUGCAGUUUGGCAUCUCCCCCUCGCCGUCGUCCAACUCGCUGGCCAUGUCGCCAGGCGGCGGUUCGACGCCCAGCCGGACGAUGUCCUACCGGUCUUCGGCUCGGCCCAUCCCGAUGCCCUCCCUCUCGCGGUCCACCUCCCAGAGCCUGUCCAAUUGCUCGUCCCCGGUGAGUGGAACCCCGCCGUCGGCCAUCGGCCGGCCGCCAAUCCCCACCGCCGGCUCGGGUCUCCUCAAUCCGCGCGUGUCCCUGCCCCCGACCCCGGUGCACCUGGGCCCGGGCGCGGCGUCGCCCAAACGUCCAGAACGCCAGCCCUCCACCGGGGGCGGCCUGUCCCCGCGCGCGGUGCCCGCUCCUCGCUCGGGGCUGUCAAGCCCCUCGCCACGCGGGGCCGCCGCGCCCCUGGCCUCCCCGCGUGCCGGGGCCCAUGUGCCCGCCGGUGCUCCCGAUGAGGAUGCCCCCGAGCCGGAGCAGGAAGGGCCGGGCUCGGAUUCGGAUUCCUCCCUGGAGUCGGAUUCCGCCAGCGCCUCCAGCUCCUCCUUCAGCUCGGAUGAAGACCUCUCCGAUGAGGAGGACGCCUUCGAUGAGGAUGAGGUGGUGAUUCCCCUCCGGCGGCCGCUGGCCACGGCCACCGAUUCGCGCGACUCGGUCUCCCUCACGGAGGAGCUCCCGCCCGAGCGCCUGACCGGGCGCGAGUCCGAUGGGUCGCGCGAUUCGCUACCCCCGCACCCGCGCUCGCGCCCCCUUUCCCAGGGGCCCCUCAUCCCGGGGGUCUCGUCGCACCUGUUCCACAGCAUCGACAGCAUGGCCGCCCCGCGGCCGGCCUCCAUGCACAUGGACAGCUUGUCGAGCUCCUGCUCGCAGCUGGAUGGUGGCCGGGGCGCGCCGCGCACAUCCUCCGCCGGCCCCGGCGCCGCAUCGGGCCCUGGCGGGCUUCACCCUUCGCCGCAGGCCGGCUUCCAGCCGCAUCUGUCCCAAAGCCAGGCAGCUGGCUGGGCCUCGGCCUCGGUGUCCUCGCAGCUGUCCCUCUAUUCGCAGCUGUCCGACGUGUCGGUGGCCACGACGUCGCUCAUGUCCCGCGCCCCGUCGGCCUCCUCCCUCGGGCCACUGUCCUACUAUCCCACCACCCCGAUGUCCUCCUUCGCCCUGGGGCCAUCCCCGGUGCCCGGCGGCACCCUCCAGCCCUAUCGCCUGCAGAUGUCCCUCUCCAGCACCUCGCUCGCGACCGGGGCCCCGGCCACUCCGCCAGCGGCCCCGGGCCCGGGCGGGCACCUGGCAUCCAUGUCGGCCGACAUCCCCGGGUCUCACCACCACCACCACCACUACCACCACCAUGGCCAGGGGGCCACCGGGCCGACCCGCCAUGGAGGGACCCCCACCAGCGCCACCAGCUCGCCGGGCGGAUCGGUCGGAUCCCCAUCCGAUGGGCGCAUUCACCGGAAGCCCUCGGUCGUGUCGCGCCUGAAGAAUGUCUUCAAGCAUAGCCCAACGCCCGGGAAACCCGGCACCGGGCCGAAUACCCCCACCGGUGUCGGCCCCUACACCGGGAGUCCCCGCAUCCAGGCCAUGCCGCCCGGGCCAUCCGGCCCGUCGCCCCUUUCACAUGUGGACCAUCACCACUCGCAGUCGAACCUCCCGACGAACUUCGUCUAUGACGAGUUGUCGCCUCACCCGUCGGUGUACAUGUCGGCCGUCGCCCCGGCCGAUGGGCCCAUCCACUCGUCCCUCUCGUCCGGCGCCCUGCACACCGGGCCCGCUGGCGCCGGGGGGGCCACCUCCGGGCGCAAGGGUGCGCGUCCUGGCGGCGCGCACCUGAGCACGGCCCCUGGCUUCCACCGGGCUGCCUCCUCGCCGGUUCUGCCGGCCAACCUGCGGUCCACCGGCGGGGCGUCCGGCCCCGAGCAUGGCAGCUCCCCCUCGCUGGCCGACAUGCCGGCUUCCCUGUCUGCCUCUUCCGGCUCGUCCAUGGGGUCUGGUGGCAUGAUGGCGGCCGGGUCAUCCGAGCGUUCGGCCUCCGGGCAGACCCUCCCCCGGCAGCCGUCCUUCGGCUUCGACCCAUCCUUCGGCUUCCCGCAGCACGAUGGCCCCCACUGCCCGGAUGACUAUCUCCACCUGUAUGGGGUGUAUAGCUUUGGAUUCCAAAAUUGCGGGCGCGGCUUCCCGGCGGCCCCGCCCCCGGCCCCGGUCCCGGGGCUGUGCCGUGGCAAGCUCAUGGUGGAGUUCUUUGUGUCGGCCAAUCCGACGACCGUCGGCGAUUUGCACAGCUUCGCCCCGGUUCUGGCCCACCCGCGCUCGGCCAACAUCCAUCACCGGGGCUCGGUGUCCAGCAUGACCGGCACCCGCGACCGGUCAUCCUCCACCAGCUCCACCCACCAGGGCCAUUACCACCAGCACCACCAGCGACGCGACUCCUCCUCCAGCGUGGCCUCCGCCCAUCAUCCUCAUCACCAGCAGCAUCAUCAUCAUCAUCAGCCCCAGCACAACGCCCAUCGGCGGUCUUCCUCCUAUGCGUCGAUCCGUGCGUCUCACAAUCCCCACGCGGCAGGCCCUUCGGGAUCCCGUCGUCCAAGCAUCCUGGCCGCCGGAUCGCCCUUCCCCGAGGUGGCCGCCGCGGCCGGCCGGCCGGCGGAUCCCCUGGCCACGGACCCGGCCGUUCCCUCGCUCGGGUCCCUGGCCCGGGUGCCCUUCUUCCAGGUGUAUUCCUCGCUCGCGACUGAGAGCCAGCAGCGCGGCGUGGCGGCCCUUUCGCAAAUCUUCGCCGGGGAUGCCACACUGGCGGCCAUGGCCACCGGGACCGACCUCCUGGCCAGUGCGGAAUAUCCCAGCGAUCGGACGCCGGACAGCCCGGCUCCGAUGGGCCGGCCACGCUCGGCCUCGGCCCGGGUCCCGGGUCCCGGGUCCCGGUCCGGGUCCGGGUCCGAGUCCGGGUCCGGCCUCAUUGCCCCGACCCCGGCCCCCGAUGCGUUGGAUUCCUUCCCCCCGGCGCUGAUUCAGCUCGGUCUAACUGGCCCGCGCCUGCCGACCGAGCAGAACCAGAGCCUGCCGGCCGGCAUGCUGGUGACAUAUCGCGCGGCGCUGGCGGCCAUCUGGUGGUCUCCGCCGUUGUUGGAUUCGCAGGUCAUUCGCGAUGGCGCCCUCCUGUAUGAGCAUGAGGCCGCCUCGCGGCUCUUCUCCUCCGAUGCCCUGCUCAUGACCGAUGACGAUGAGGCGGUCUUCGAUGCGAGCUCCCGCCGGGGCUCCGUGGUGUCGGUACACCAGGCUGUGGCCGACGAGGGCCCGGGUUCGCCGAGCCUCAACCGAACGCGCCGCCACUCGACGCACUUUGCCCCGACCCCGGUGCAGUUCGACCUGUCGGCCCUGCAUGGCGGCCCCGAUGACCCGCCUGCCGGGCAUCAUGCCCAUCAGUCCCACCACUCGCCGCCGAUGCCGGCCGUGACGUCCAUCACCUCGGCCUCCUCCUCGCCCUCGAUCCACGCGCAUGACCCCCAUGGCUCUAGCCCCGGCGACUCGCCCGGGCUCCAUGGCCAUACGGCCGGCACCAGUGCCGGCUCUACGCCCAGCAGUCCGCCCUCCUCCAAGGGGUUCUUCGGAUUCUUCUCCUCUUCCUCCUCGGCCUCCUCCUCCUCUUCGUCCUCCGCCUCGCAUGCGGCUGAUGGGGCCGGCCGCAAGCAAUCCACCGCCGGGGCCGCUGGCCGUGCUUCCUCCAUUUCCGGCCCCACCCCGGAUCCCAAUGCCGGGUCUUCCUCUCGAAGUAGCUCCCGGCGGUCGUCCCUGGUGGAUCUCUUCUCGCCUGCCUCCUCGACGGCCGUCACCGGCACGGCCCCGACGCCGGUGCCCCAGGUCCCCGGGUCUCCAUCCUCCGCCGGCCAUGAUGCCACUGGCUCCGGCAAUGGGCUCUUCGCCUUUUCCCUGCGCCGAGGCUCGCGCAGCAGCGACGCGCUGGCCAUUCCCUCCGGAGCCGGGACCAUCCCCGGUCCCGGGGCAUCUGGCAGUGGCUCCGGUGCCAGUGCCGCGACGAGCCCGCAGGUUGGCUCGGCUCCGGGCCCAGCCAGCAUGAUUGGAUCCCCGCGCACGGGCAGCUUCGGCCCGGGCUCCUCGCCGCAUGUGGGUGACCUCUCCUCGCCGAGCCUCCAGUCGAUCCCCGGCUCGCCGGGCACCCCGCGCAAGUCGUCCUUCACCUCCGGCACGGCGACCGGCAGUGUGCCCGGGCCCUCGCGUGCUGGCGGGGCAUUCAACCGGUCGGCUAGCAGUGGCCCGAUGGCGGCGGCCCCUCCGACGCGUGUCGGCACCCCGGCCGGCACCCAGGCUCCGGUUGUCAUCGCGGCCCGGACCCUGCUCUACCAGCAGGCCACCAUCGGCACCGGGAUGGCCUACCUGCUGAAGGUGGACCCCCAGCCCUUGCUGGCCCAGUACCUGGAUCGGGCCCACCAGCCCGGCUGGUCCAAUGCCCAGUCGGUGGUGCAGGCGGCCGACGCCCUGCCCGGCUACUCGGCCCGGCUGACGCACCUGAUCCGCGAUGCCUACAUGCAGGCCCGGCGCACGGCUCUCCAGCAAAAUAGCCCGACCAACCUGUCGGCCGAUGCGGCUGGCUCCCCCGGCUCGCACUCGCCCAUGCCGCUGCCAUUGCGCAUGCGGAUCCUGGUGAGUCGGGACCGGGAGGUUGCCGACCGCGUGGAGGCCUGCGAGCAGAGGCGCCUGUUUGCCUCCUGCAAGAAGGCCAUGCUUCUGGCUCGGAUGCAGAUGCGCCGCGACAUGGCGGCAGCUGCGGCCGCGAUCCCUGUCGAGACCGAUUUGACUCCCGACGUUGCCGUGGAGGCUGGCCCGGCCACCGGCGCCCCGGCCACCGGGUCUAGCCCGGCCGCCCGCGUGGAGCUCGACACCAACAUCAUUGCCCGGCCGAACAUGGUGUCCGGUCAGCGGCCCAUGUCCACGUCGGUCCUGCUCUUCCCGUCUGCCGACACCACCGUUGGCGAUGACAACACGGCUCCCGCCUCGCCCGAUGACGAGUCCGACUCCGGUGGGUCGUCAACGCGGCCGUCUCCCACCUCGGAGGAGCCCUACCGGUUCACCUCGGUGGCCGAGCACGGCCCCAAUGCCUCCACUGAUGAGGAUGAAGAUGACGCCGUGGGUGCAUCCAGCGACGGCCCGGCCGGCACCCGGUCCUCCACCGACGCCGAUGCCCAGUCCUUCGGGGUUCACAAUACGGGUCGCUCGCCCGCCCUCUUCCCGAGCCCGGCCUCUUCGACGACCACCUCCCUGCUGGGCAGCAGCACCUCCAGCAUCGCCACCUCCCGGCGGAUGUCCCUGGCACCGGAAAUCAUGCGCACCCUUUCCAAGUCGGAGCCCGGCCCGGCUGGCGAUGCUGCCGGGCUGGCCGCCGGGGCUGGGGGCCCGUCUGGCCAUGCCGUGGCCGGGGGCGCCGCCCCGGCCGCGCCCUUCUCCGCGGUCAUCGAGCACAUUCGCCGCGGGUCGAUGGCACCGACGGCUUCCAUCGCCAGUGCCAUCCCCGGGGCCGGGCCCGGCCUGUCAGCGCUCGGCCCGGUGGAGCGGGUCAGCAUCCCGCGGAACUUGAAGGACCUCGGGGCCGACUCGCUGGUUUCCUCGCCCGAGACCGUGUCCGUGGUGAAUCCCCGGCUGACGGCCUUCCUGAAUUCGGCCGAUGGCCGUCGGGCGCCAAGUGCUCCAGACAGCCUGGCCGCCUACCGCCGGGCCAGUGUCGCCACGCAUGUCCUCCAUGGGCCGUCCUCCUUCGGGGCCCCGGGCGCUCGGCCGAUGGCCAUGCGCCCCGGUGGGCUGGGCUUUGGCGGCCCGACCGGCGGUCCGGGGUCCAGCUUUGCCCCGGCCAGCACCAUGGGCACCUCCGGUCCUGGGGGCUCUGGCGGUGCCGUCAAUCCGACGGACGUCAUGCUGGCCGUGCGCCGGAGCAGCCUUGCGCCGCCCCUGUCGGCCUUCCUGCCGACCAACCCCUACGGGCUCAGCGGCCUGGCGCCGACCUCGUCCUCGAGCUUCCAUAGCUCCACCGGGCCCCGGGCCUCCAUCCAGCAGGCUGGCGGCCCGGGCAGCGGUGGCCAGCCCAACCCGGACCAGCUGGCUGAUGCAGUGCUCAAGGGCCACAUCGACCCGAAGACCAUGGAUGCGGUGUCGGCCGCGGCCGCGGUCACGGCCCUGAUGGCGGCCCGCAAGGCGGCCCGCGACUCCGGCGACUCCGACCACUCGGGCGCCUCGGACGCCUCGGACUAUUCGUACUCCUACUCCCAAGAUGAGGAUGAGGAUGAGGAUGAUGAGGAGUAUGGCGCCUCCGACACCGAUGCCGGCCCCCGGCAGCCGGACUACCGCCAUCCCGGCCAGCGGGGCCACGGCCUGCACCCUGCCUAUCAUGCUGGCGAGGAUGAUGACGACGAGGAGAACCACACGCACCUGGUUCAUCCCGGCAUGGAUGAUGAUGACGAUGAUGAUGGCGAGGUGUUCACCAGCGUGACGAAUCCCCUCUUCCUGUCGAUGGCCAAGAGCCGUGCUCUGGCCAUGCCUACGACGAUCACCGAGUCUUCCUAA